UUCAUUGACAAACUCAGUUGCGCUGCACGGUAAUAAUACCCACUUGUAGCCUAUGUGGCGAGAGAAUAAUGUCAACGAUAUCCGGCAGGGCCGCAGGGAAACUUCAAAACGACAGCUGGGCUCAUUGCUUCCAUUUUAAGAGAAAACUCCAGCUUUUCUGUGAAUCGCGUUUAUCCACUGGAGGCCUUAUCAAAGAGAUGGCUAAUCCGUUCCGCUGGUGCCUCGUAUCGCAAAACUGUGUGCUGCAGAUUAACGUGGUCCUGGUGGUGGUGGGGCUGAUCAUCCUUCUAGACGUGUUCGGCCACCUCUAUGUAAAGACGGUAAUGUUUCCUGGUCUGCACGUCUACCCAGUGGCCAUGCGCAAGUGGCUCUUCUGGGUGCGCCUUAUGACAAUCGUUUCCUACGUUCUGAACGCAAUCCUGGGAAUUCGAAUGACCCGGCAACCGACCGUCUUUAAGUUCGCUGGCUACAUGUUGGUUGGCUGCGUGGUGUUGCUGUACACAUUUACCAUCGCGGUGACGCGCUUCAUGUAUCGUCGCAGGUUCGAAUUCUUCGUCCAGUUAAUGGUCAGCCAGAUGUGGAUUAAAGAUUGUCUGGGUAAGAUCGAGGUGGAGCUCGGAUGUUGCGGUAGGACCAGCGCGGCCGACUACCAGAAGUGCUCGACCAACCGCACCUGGGCCAGUGGCUCCUGUUGCGGGGAGCACAAUUGUCCAGGAUGCACAACGAAGCUUACCGAGUAUUUGUGGACUAUCGAGAUGGAUGUGGCGCGGGACAACAUAAUCUUGUCCUUUUUCCUGUUCGUGGCGUUGAGUUUAAUGGCAGCACACUAUUGGCGCGUGCAGUUUUAAGAGGACGUUUACAAUUCAUACGACUCUGAGACUUCUUGAAUGCGCAGAAGCGACACGACAAAACAAACAGGCUCAUCUGGCCGUGACAGCGAAUUGGACUUAGUUUAAUUUAAUGGCCUUUGUCCGCUCUGAUCAAUUCGACUUUAAUUCAACAUUAAAUACAUACGACAAUGUUUUGCUUUUGUUUUGCUUUUUCGCCCACAUCUACCAUACUCUAUCAUAAAUACUCUAUAAUAACUCAAAUUUGAUAUUCCCUCAAGAUGUCCGAAAAUGAAUUAGCAAUGACGAUGAUUUGUUCAACCCAUGUUUCAAUUGAUUGUUUAAAAAACCCGAUUGUGCAUAAAAAAAAGUUUCUUCCAUUCGGAGUUGAA